AAAAAAAAAAAACAAUUUCAAAAGCAAGAAAGAACAAACAAAGGAAAAUACAACGGUCAUAAACUACACGGGCGGGUAAUCAUAGUGAGACAAGCACGUGCAAUCCACGUGGAAAUUUAUAUCAUCAACAAACUCCCAUAAAAGUCGAACCAACUCCUCAACUCUUCUUCUUCCCUCUUUCUCUUCAACGGUCAUAUUUCACCGACAUCUCUCCAACGGUAACAUACCAUCUUUUAACUUAAUCUCAACCGUCCGAUUUCAAUCCAACGUUCAAUAACACUCCAAAUUCACACUAUUUCCCAUCAUUUUCCAGUUCUCAGUACUUAAAAAGCACCCCAAUUUCCGGUCAACAAAGUAGCUUUGAUAGGGACAGCUAUGGAAGUAGUGAGAGAAAGACGAUAAAGUUGGGAAAUGUUGUUUCUUAAGUGAAUUUUGGUGGGGUUUUUGAUUUCUUGCUGCUUGCUAUGGAAUUCGCUGAAUUGGGUUGUUGUUGUUCUUCCUCUGUUCUUCAGAAAUUCUGCCUCAAUUUUGAUGAUCAAGUAUGUUUCUUUACUUCUCUUUUAUUUUAUUCAAUUCAAUUUGCAAUUCUAAGACUUUUCAAAUGAGCUUUUUUCAUUCAUAAUAUUAUUGGAAUCCGAUGAUUUAUUUCUUUCUUUGAAUUUUGAUUCAAUUUGAUUAGAUUCAUUCAUUAUUGAUUUUUGUUCAUAUGUUAUAGCUUUUGAUUUACAUCAUUAUUUGUAGUUAUUCCAAAAUUCAUUGAUUCAUUCUUAAUUGCACAUAAAAUACUCAUAUAGAUCACAUUAUAACCCAAUUCUUUGUAGAAAAACACACCACAAUUCACAAAUCACAAUUCACUCGAUUUUUCGUCUCAUCGGAUUCCGGUUUUUGUUCAUAGAAUUCGCACACACUCACCUACAAAAUUUACAUAGCGCACAGACAAACAUAACUAUUAUUAUACUACAAUAGUGCAUAGUGUGUGCAUGUUUUGAGAUUUUAGAACAGAGCAUACAUCAGAAAACAGAGUGUGUGAAAGGAAAACAGAGGAAAAAAGAAAAAAACAGAGGAAAAAGAAGAAAAACAGAGGAAAAAGAAGAAAAACAGAGGAAAAAUAGGGAAGAAGAAGAAGGAAAAGGUGGUUUUUAGUUGAGAAGAAUGUUGGCUGGGUGUUCAUCAACAUUAUUGUCACCAAGGCAUAGAUUAAGGAGUGAAGCAUCAGCUUGUCAUUAUCCAUUACCUUCAAUGAGCACACAGAGAUUGGAUUUACCCUGCAAUUUUUCAAGAAAAGAAGUGUCAGUCACUCGUCCGCCGCAGAUUCGAGCACCGGUGGUGGGGUUAUCAGUCGAGAAGCCGAUCGAAACAAAGGGACUGAAGCAGACAAUCAAGGUACCGCCUUCGCCCGAGGGAAGAAGGGAGAUCAAGGCAGAGUUUUGGGGUGAAAAAGGGAAGAACUUGAAAAGGAGGUUCAGUGAUCAAGGCUCUUUUGAAGAAGAUGAUGAUGAAGAUGAAGAAGAAGAAGGGUCUAGAAGGAAGAAGGGAAGAUUUGAUUUUGGAGAAUCUGAGGGUUUUUGGAUGCAACAACCUGGUUUUGGGGUGGUUAAUUACCCUCAACUUCCAUUUUCAAUCUCUUGUUCAGGGGAAGAAGAAAGGAGGGUGUGUUUUGGUGCUCCCACUGAUGUGGUUUCGCUGCCGCCAUUGCCGCCACUGUCGCAUAACCCUUGGAUUGGGUCUGGUAUUACUGAGAUUGCUGAGUAUGGUGGUGAAAUUGAAGGUGAGCCAAGUCAUGGACCUGUUACAACAACAACAUCAGGUUCAAGUUCUUCUUCUGAGAGUCAUAGCUUGGGGCUUAGGCUCAAUGAGAAUGUUUCUGAGCAUGAGUAUGGAAAUGGGUCCAUGAAUCCUAACCCUGGUGAUGGUUCUAGGGCGGUUAGGACUCACAACGACGAUGAUCAGACCGAGCAGCAAGGGUUCGAGCUUGUCAGCUUUCUUAUGGGUUGUGUGGAAGGUAUUGCAUCAAGGAAUGUUCCUGCAAUUAAUCAUUUUAUUGCUAAGUUGGGGGAGCAGGCUUCUCCAAGAGGCCGGUCUACUAUCGGCCGUCUUACAGCUUACUUCACUGAGGCUUUAGCCCUGAGGGUGACAAGGUUAUGGCCUCGAAUAUUUCACAUAAGUGUCCCUAGGGAGCUUGAUCGAUUCGAUGAUGAGUCCGGUGCAGCUGCAUUCAGGUUGUUGAAUCAGAUUAGUCCUAUUCCGAAGUUCAUUCACUUCACUGCUAAUGAGAUGCUGCUGAGAGCCUUUGAAGGGAAGGAUAAGGUGCAUAUCAUAGACUUUGAUGUCAAGCAAGGGCUGCAAUGGCCUGGUUUUUUUCAAAGCUUAGCCACGAGGCGUAACCCUCCUAGUCAUGUUAGGAUCACUGGGAUAGGGGAGUCUAAGCAGGAAUUAGUCGAGACAGGAGAAAGGUUGGCUAGCUUUGCUGAGGCAUUUAAUCUGCCUUUUGAGUUUCAUCCGGUUGUUGAUCGUUUGGAGGAUGUUAGGCUAUGGAUGCUCCAUGUCAAGGAAGGAGAAAGUGUGGCAGCGAAUUGCAUAUUACAGCUCCACAAGACCCUAUAUGAUGCUAAUAAUGGUGCAUUUAGGGACUUCAUGGGUAUAAUCCGAAGCACUAACCCUAUAGCUUUGGUUAUGGCUGAGCAAGAAGCUGAGCACAACGAGCCCACUUUGGAGAUGCGGGUUUGUAAUUCACUAAGAUACUACUCGGCCAUCUUUGAUUCAAUUGAUUCUAGUCUCCCUUUUGAUAGUCCAGCAAGGGUGAAGAUUGAGGAGAUGUUUGGGCGCGAGAUGAGGAACAUAGUUGCUUGUGAAGGGAGUGACAGGAUUGAAAGGCAUGAGAAGUUCGGCAAUUGGAAAAGGAGAAUGGAGCAAGAAGGUUUCCGGGGUAUCAGGAGGGACGAAAGAGAGGUGUUUCAAAGCCAGAUGUUGCUGAAGAUGUACUCAAAUGAAAGGUACAAUGUGGAACAGCAAGGAGAUGAAGGCAUUACAUUGAGAUGGAUGGAUCAGCCUUUGUAUACCAUCUCUUUGUGGGGUUCUGUUGAUGCUGCUGCAGGGAGUUCUUCCAGCUUUUCCCAGCCAAUUUGAUUCUGCUUGCUGAUGGAUUUUGCUCGAAGUGUAGGAAGUCGAAUUCUUUGUAGGUGUAGAGGAAUUCUUUGAUUCUUUCAUGCAGAUAAAAUUCUUUUUGUGGAUCACAGUUCUACAGGAUACAGUUAGCCAUUUUUUCGAUACAGAUUUCAGUUUGAUUUCUUACAUAGGUCCAUACAUAUUUCUAGCUAGACUGUAUGAAGCACAGUUUUUUCAUGUCUAUUCUUCAAUUCUUUUGUCAAAAAAAUUCUUUGUAGCUGUUAUUCAGGAAUAUGUCUAUUCAUUUGUUAUUCAAGAUCAUAUGGAAUAAAAAUCAUUCAUUUCGAGGUUGUUUCA